AUGACGUACAACGUUUUGAGUAGCUCUUAUGCUACUCCAACAAUGUACGGAUAUUGCCCAAGGGAGUACCUGGAUUGGCAAGUCCGAGGACAGAAUGUGAUGUCCGAAAUAUAUCAGUAUAACAACGACAUAAUCUGCCUCCAGGAAGUCGAGAUGGAGCAGUUUGAUUGCUUUUUCCUUCCCAACCUCCAGAACAUGGGAUACGAGGGAGUCUUUGCUCCGAAGUCACGAGCUUCGACGAUGUCGGAGCCAAAGAGAAGGCUUAUUUUCUUUGAAACGUCAAAGCUUGUAGAGUACAAAGCUCUGGCAUUGCAGGGUCGUGCCGACUCCUCUGACAUGAUGAAUCGUGUCUGGACUCGCGAUAACAUCGGACUUUUAGCUGUAUUAAAGACUUGCAGCCGCCUGGACUCAUGGACCACCAGUUGA